UUCAAUGUUCUGACUUGCUCUAAGAUGAAGGUAUGGAAGUUUGCAGCCAUUGCAUCGAUGCUCCUCAGUUCCAUGUUAUCCAUUUUAGUUUGUAGAGACAUGUUCAGUGGAAGCCGGGAAUUCAGCCCCUUGCCUUCCUCGCCGUCUUCCUCACGGGAUUCCUCCUCCUCCUCCUCCUUUUCUUCCUCCUCCUCCUCCUCCUCCUCCUCGCUGCCGGCGGCUCCACGGAGAUCCCCACGGGCCCUGCCACGCCACGGCUCCCUGCUGGCCCAGUACAGCGCCUUGCUGGAGAGCUACACGGAGGGCGAGAUCCGGCAGCUGGUGUCGGCACUGGUGGAGCGCUACCGCCAGGCCAUGAACUCGGGCGGGCACGAGCUGCCGCUGUUCCCUCGCUCCGGCAGCCGCAGGAAACGCGCCCGCGCCCGCCAUAAACCCUGCGAGCUGCGCGAGCUGGAGGUCAGCGUCAGCGAGCUGGGCCUGGGCUACGAGUCGGACGAGACGGUUCUGUUCCGCUACUGCAGCGGCACCUGCGAGGCCGCCGUGCGCAGCUACGACCUCUCCCUCAAGAGCAUGAGGAGCCGCAGAAAGAUCCGGAAGGAGAAGAUCCGCGCCCGGCCGUGCUGCAGGCCGCUGGCCUACGACGACGACGUGUCCUUCCUGGACGCCUACAACCGCUACUACACCGUCAACGAGCUGUCGGCCAAGGAGUGCGGCUGCGUGUGAGGCGGGCAGAGGGACGGGCACGGAGGCUGGAGCGGCCGGAGGAGGAGAGACUGAGCCGCCGGCGCGUCCCUGGGGUCACCGCGCCGCGCAGGACCAGACACGAGGCUGUCGCCAUGGCGGGGGCGCUCGGGGCGGUGACGGCUGCUCGGGGCUGUUGUCCCCUCCGUGGGUGGCCCUGCUGAGGGGACAGCGGGUGUGCCACGUGCACGGGGCAUGGCCGGGCCUCGGCGUGCACUGCCCGCGCUGGGUGCCACACGGGCCACACCUGUCACACGGGCCACACCUGUCACACGGGCCACACGGGCCACACGUGUCACA